AUGUCAUAUAAAAUAAUAAACAGCUCCGAUGACGACAAUGAUAAUAAUAAUAACAAUGAUAUAAAUAACAAUGAGAAUAUUAUUAGAGAAGAAGAAAAGAAUAAAACACUACCAAAUUCGCCAAUCCAAACAGAUGAACAAAAAAAGAAACAAACAUUAUCAAUUAAUAUUAUGGUUUUAACCGUAUUUUUACAAAGUAUUGGAUUUACAUUAAUUUUACCAUCAAUGUUGAAUUAUUUAAAUUCAAACGAUCCACAAUUUAAGAGAUAUUUCGGAUACAUUGUAGCAUUAUAUAGUUUAGGACAAUUUUUAGGAUCACCUUUAUUUGGUAAAUGGAGUAAUAAAAGAGCAGCAUCUGAACCAGUAGUAAUCUCAAUUGUAAUCUCCAUCAUUGGUUCGAUAUUCUAUUCAAUUUGUUAUAAAUUCCAUGGAUUUGCAUUCCCAGCAAUUAUGGGUACCGCCAGAUUCAUCGUUGGGUUCGGUGCUGGAAAUGUGUCAGUGUGUCGUGCAUAUGCCACUGAGACUGCCACAAUUGAAAAUAAAACUCAAAUUAUGGGAAAAAUGAGUGGUGCACAAGGCGCAGGGUUCGUCUUGGGACCUGGUAUCGGGUUCUUAUUAAACUUUUGCAAUUUCACCAUUGGUCAAAUGGUAAUCAAUAAAUACACCGCACCAGGUUACUUGUCAAUUUUAUUAGCCAUACUCAAUAUCAUAUUGGUUUUAGUAUCCUUUAGAGAUGCAAGAGAUUUAGAAAAGAGAAAUUUAAAAACACCUGAAACAGCAUCCCUUUUAUCUAUCAAUGAUGCCGAUGCCGAUGCCGAUGCCAAUAAUGACGCUGAUAAGCCAAAGAAGAAUAUGGAGCAACGUUUGAAGCCAAUUGUAUUGUCGAUAUUUUUAUUCAUGGUGGUGAUUACAAUAUUUGCGGUAUUCGAGACCGUGCUUACUUUAAUGACAUUGCAAUAUUAUGAUUGGGGAAGCACAGAGAAUUAUAUUAUACUUGGUACGAGUGGUAUUAUAUCGGUGGGUAUUUUCAUAGCAAUCUCAAGUCCGGUGAUAAAGAAAUUCGAUGAUAGAAAAACCGCUUUGUUCGGGUUCACUUGUUUAUUCAUUGCUUUGGUUUUAUUAAUUAAUUACAAUAUUCCAAUUGGUAGUAGAAUGACUUUACCAAAAUGGCAAUUCUUUAUGGGUUCUGCAUUUGUUUCAGUUGGUUAUCCAAUUGCUUCAUCAUUGGUUUAUGCAAUAUUUUCAAAAGUUUUAAACCCAAAUUCUCAUACUCAAGGCACUAAAAUGGGUUGGUUAACUGCUGGUGGAUCUUUAGCAAGAAUGGUUGGUCCAUUAUGGUCUCAAGAAAUUUGGACUGCUACCAAUCAACAAGGUAUGGAAUUAUUCUUUGUAACUGCAGUUAUCACAUUAAUUGCAAUCGUUGUAUUUAUUAUUUUCUAUAAAGAUUUAUCUCCUCAUCCUGAAUUUGUUUCACAACAAAAAACUGUUAAUAAAUAA